UUUCUUUGAAGUUACCUUGAAAGGGCUUUGUUCUGGCAAGGUGAUAAUAACAUUCUGGAAAUGCCUCCUUAGAAGCCAGCAAAUAAAAGGAAGGCGGCUGGAGAAAAGACUCAAACCUUGCAAGGCCUUUGGGGGGCUUUGGGGGACAUAUGGACGAUAGGACACCAAGCAGUGCACUCUGUGGCGGCUUUUCCAACCCAAGUGAUGCUCCCUGGACUUGUGCCAAUUGUGGUCAUAUCCCUAUUCAGCACUCAUGCCAAUCUGGCCCAUGCAGAAAAUGACAGCAAACCUGAAAGGCCAUUGGUGAAAGAGGCCCUGGCACAGGCAAAGCAGCUGGUCUCCUUGGCGUAUCAGCGCUCUAGAAGCAGAGGGAAAGCAGUGCUGACCAAGGGAUCCCUCAGUGCCAGCGACCUGCUGAGCCUGUUCAAGCACCCCGAGGCAGAGACCAACACGGCGGUUCAUGCGGCUGAGCUGAUGGACACAACAGUGGAGCUCAUUCGGCAGCUUGUGUACACGCGGGAGAAGCGUUAUGCCAACAUGUCAGGAGUCUUAAGCGGCCAUGAUCUCUCCACCUUGGCAGAAGUAACUGGCUGUGCUGCUCAACUGCGGCCCAUCAAGUGCUCAGACACCUGUUUGACUGAAAAGUACAGAUCCAUAGAUGGGACAUGCAACAACAGGAAGAACCCACUUUGGGGAGCAGCAAACACAGCCUACACCCGCUGGUUGCCCGCAGACUAUGAGGAUGGCUUCUCUGCACCCAAAGGAUGGAAUCAAACCAAGACCUAUAACGGCUUCUCAUUGCCUUUGGUGCGCCAGGUGUCCCAUGAAAUCCUGCAUACACGGAAUGAGAACAUCUCCCUGGAUAGCUCCUACACCCACAUGCUGGUGGAGUGGGGCCAGUGGAUUGAUCACGACAUGGAUCUCACCCCCCAGAGUGCCAGCACUGUUUCUUUCACGGACGGAGCAGACUGCUCCCAUGGUUGCAUCAACCGGAAUCCGUGCUUCCCCAUCCAGAUCCCUGCUGGCGACCUCCGUCUGGGUGGGGGAACAAUGAAGUGCAUGCCUUUCAUCCGCUCUUCGCCAGCUUGUGGCAGUGGACAAUCCAGCUUCCUUCAGGGGCAGCUGCAGCCCCGGGAGCAGCUGAACAGCCUCACCUCCUUUGUGGACGGCAGCAUGAUCUAUGGCAGCACGGCUUCGCUGGCCAGGAAGCUCCGCAACUUCACCCAGGCACUGGGGCUUCUGGCCGUCAACCAGGAGUUCUCCGACGGUGGCCUUCCACUCCUGCCCUUUGCUGAGAAGAAAUCCCCAAACCCUUGUGCCUUGACGCGGGACUCCUGCCUUGCCAAUGCGUCUGACGUGCCCUGCUUUGUGGCAGGAGACUCGCGGUCCAAUGAACAUUUAGGCCUUCAAGUCCUGCACACAGUGUUCCUGAGGGAGAGCAACAGGAUCGCUACCACCCUCCACCAGCUCAACCCCCAGUGGAGUGGGGAAAUUCUGUAUCAGGAGACUCGCAAAGUCAUUGGGGCCUACCUCCAGAUUAUAAACUGGAGGGAUUAUGUCCCAAAGAUCCUUGGCCCAGAAGCCACUGAGGCCUACCUUCCUCCAUACUCUGGUUACGACGAGUCUGUUGACCCCCGUAUCUCCAAUGUCUUUGCCACAGCUGCAUUUCGCUUUGCCCACGUCACCAUCAAUCCUUUCCUCUCCCGUCUGGAUGAAAACUUUGAGGAGAAUGCCAAUCACCCCAGCAUAUCUCUUCAUCAGUCAUUCUUCUCCCCAUGGAGGAUCAUUGAGGAAGGAGGGAUCGAUCCAAUCCUACGUGGAGAGAUCUUCACCCUUGCAAAGCUCCAGACAGCUACUCAGAUGAUGCCAGAGGAGCUGACAGAAAAGCUGUUUCAUCCCAAGAAGGCCCUGUCCCUUGACCUGGCAGCUCUGAACCUGCAAAGAGGCCGGGACCACGGACUGCUAGGUUACAACUCCUGGAGGAGGUUCUGCGGUCUCCCAGAGGCCCACACUUUCUCUGACUUGCAGCAUAUCCUCAACAGCAGCUACCUGGCUCACAAACUACUCAAGCUGUAUGGGACGCCUGAGAACAUUGAUGUCUGGAUCGGGGCCAUCGCAGAACCUCUCCUACCUAGUGCCCGAGUGGGGGAACUGCUUGCCUGCUUGCUGGGAAGGCAGUUCCAGGCCCUGCGAGAUGGUGACAGGUUCUGGUGGGAGAAUGAAGGAGUGUUCACCCCUCGCCAGAGGGAAGAACUAGCAAAGGUGACUUUGUUCCGGAUCCUCUGCGACAACACCCACCUCCACCACCUCCCUGCGGACGUCUUCUCAACCAGUCACUUCCCAAGUGACUUUGUGUCUUGCAAGAGCUCCCAGAUUCCAAGGGUGGACCUGGCCGCAUGGAGGGAAGAUUCAGCAGACACACCUUGUGGGCCAGUCCCUCUGGUUGAAGGAGCCCACUACGUCCAGUGUAAAGCCUCGGUGUUCUUUGAGUGUUGGCCUGGCUACAUUCGGGAGGGUCCUUCCUCUAUAACCUGCAAAGUUGAGGACAGAGAGUGGAGCACUGUGUUGCCUGUUUGCCGAGACAUUGAUGAAUGUGAGCACAGCCAAGAGAAUCCUUGCCCCUCUCUGCAGAUUUGCGUGAACAUACCUGGGAGCUUCAAAUGUGCCUGUCAGGGCUCCUUGAUUCCGUCUCAGGAUGGCACCACCUUCAUUGGGGGCCAAGGAGUCACUGUUACUUCAUUGGCUGCAGCUGCAGCUAUUGUGGCCGGAGCUAUUUCUCUCAUCGCUGUAGCUGUGGCACUGCAUAGAAGGUGCUUCAGGAGCAAGGAGGAGGCCUCCCUUUCUAGAGAUAGUCGCUGUCCCCAGGAUUGUUCCAAAGAAGGCCAGAAUCCUGACUCAAGUUAGCUCUCCCCAAGUUCUCUUCCAGGCCUUGCAUCUCAGGAACCCAAACCACUGUGGCUCUGAAUUAGUAUUAUUUUCAAGUUUAAAGAUUUCUCAAAUCAUUCUUACCCAAUAAUUUCUAGAGAAUGCCCUUCCUCCCCAUCUUUCUAGAGAGUUGCAAAGAAGAUUUGACCACUGAAGAUUGGUCAAACUUAGGGGCUUCGCUGGGUGCUCUGGGCACAGCCCGUGGUGUGAUUGGAGGAGGGGGAGGCAGGUAGCCCUCUCAGACUGGGCCUAGGGAGAAGCCUAAACUGGCAACACUUGAUGAUCCCUGCUCUAGUCUGCCUCUGAAGCACCACUCCAACUCUUAGGAUUCUAACAUAGCCUUUCAAAACAGUAAGGCAAAGAAAGCCUAAUGGAUUCCCAGCCAAUAAAGGGACAGCCAGAGGUGGCAAGUUAGAAAAUACCUGCAAAUAGAUUGGGGUCAUAUCAGGAGGGGGUUUUUUUAUGAAAGGAAGCAAUUUUCUCUCACCCAGACACGAGUUUGCUUAUCCCCAUCAGGGUUCCAAUGCACAUGCAGUAGAGUAUGUCCACAAGGAAACUUGAAGCAGAAGAAAUGGUUGGUGGGGAACUUGUGACAUUCCCGAUGCUGUUGGACUACCACUCCCAUCAUCCCUAACAGUUGGCCAUACUGGUUGGGGCUGAUGGGGGGUGAAGUCCGAUGCUACCUGGAGAACCACAUGUCCCAUCUCAAGAGUUAAGCAGUGCCACAUCUGUUGGUGCCAUUCCUCUGUUCCAACACCUGAGACUACUUAUUUUUAUACUGUCAAUGUUGCAUUGCAAAUGUCCAUUCGUCUGCUUUGCCCCUUGGCUGCUUGUCGAGCCACGAAGAAGGCAAGACAGAAGUAUCUGUGUUCGUUUGCCAGCUGGACCCAACAGGCUUUUGAAGUCUCAGCCUGAGCUUGGCAGUUCCUAUCCUUGGUUAAUUACCGCUUAAUCUAUUCAAGGCCCAGGUGGCAGGUAAUCCUGACACAAACUGAUGGCGAUCCAAGCUUAGUGUGUGCUAGAGUUAAUUCUGGGCACACCUCUUCCCUACAGGAAGCUAAAAUCAUCUCAUACUUAAGAAUUAAUCUUCGUAGGGGUUGAGGAGAGAAAUACAAUGAACUCCGCUUUGAAAAUGUCCUGUUUAUUUUGCAGCUGGAAUACAUGCAGGCUUCAAAAGGAAUAAAACAGCCCAAAGGCAAUAAGAACCA